GGAUCAACCGAUCGCAACAUCGUGUCCUUCCGAGUCUCACAAAACCCAAACCGCCGUGUCCCCUCUUCCAGGUAACCUUUCUAUCCCAUUUUCUUCGAGCGCCUUGGGUGGAAUUUCGCAAUCUAGACGAGCAUUGAAUUGACCCUGAACCUUGGUCUUUACCCCUCCAUACCCCGCAUCCCGUUCGAGCUCUCACUCAAUCUUCCCAACCAAGUCCAAAAUGGUCAAAGCUGUCGUCGCUGGCGCCUCUGGCGGUAUUGGGCAGCCUCUGUCGCUGCUCUUGAAGCUCUCUCCGCUCAUUGACGAGCUCGCCCUCUACGAUAUCGUCAACACGCCCGGUGUUGCCGCCGACCUGUCGCACAUCUCGUCCAACGCCAAAACUGCUGGCUACCUCCCCGCCAACGAUGGCGCCAAGGCGGCCUUCAAGGAUGCCGACAUCAUCAUCAUCCCGGCUGGCAUUCCCCGCAAGCCCGGCAUGACGCGCGACGAUCUCUUCAACAUCAACGCCGGCAUCGUCAAGGGCCUCAUCGAGGUCGCCGCCGAGGUGGCCCCCAAGGCCUUUAUCCUGGUCAUUUCCAACCCCGUCAACUCGACCGUGCCCAUCUCGGCCGAGGUGCUCAAGGCCAAGGGCGUCUUCGACGCCCGACGCCUCUUCGGCGUCACCACGCUCGACAUUGUCCGCGCCGAGACCUUCGUCGCCGAGGUCACCGGCAAGAGCAACCCUCAUGAGCUGACUGUCCCCGUGGUCGGUGGCCACUCGGGCGAGACCAUCGUCCCGCUCUUCAGCAAGGUCACCCCGUCCGUGGCGAUCCCCGACGACCAGUACGACAAGCUCGUCAACCGCGUCCAGUUUGGCGGCGACGAGGUCGUCAAGGCCAAGGACGGUCUCGGCUCGGCCACCCUCUCCAUGGCGUACGCCGGCUACCGGUUCGCCGAGAAGGUGCUCAAGGCCGCCAAGGGCGCCAAGGGCCUGGUCGAGCCCAGCUACGUGUACCUGCCCGGCGUUCCGGGCGGCAAGGAGAUCGCGGAGAAGACGGGCGUCGACUUCUUCUCGGUCCCCAUUGAGCUUGGCCCCAACGGCGCCGAGAAGGCGGUCGACAUCCUGGGCGACAUCACCGACAAGGAGAAGACCCUGCUCGAGGCUGCGGUGAAAGGCUUGAAGGGCAACAUCGAGAAGGGCAUCAGCUUUGCCCACAACCCUCCCCAAAAGUGAAUAUCCCCCUAGUUCGUGAUGGCAAGAUCGUUCCACCCCUCUUGGCUCUUGCUGCUUUUUCUUUGAAAAGCCGUGUCUUGCGCGGCGCGGCGUCGCGUCGUUGGCGUGCAGUUUACUCCGAGCUGUCGAGGCCGGUAGAGUAAAAUAGAAACGCUUUGAUUUCUCCAUCGCGUUGAAGAAGUUCAGGUGGCUGAUUCGGUUGCUUCAU